GCUGAGGAAAACCUUGAACUAUCUUCAAUUCCUUCAUCUUCCACAACAGAAAUCACUAAACCCAAAACCCAACUGUCAAUUCCACUGUUUGUGGCAAAAAAAUGAUGGCCUCAAGCAUCCCAACUCGGUUUCAUAGCAAGCCCUCAUACACCCGACAAAUGCUUGCUGCCAGCGCCGGCAUGGAAGCUAUCAAGGCGGAUGCCACAAAACCCAGAAGCAGAAAGCCAUCGGUCUUUUCAUAUUUAAGGAAGCGUCAUGGCUACCAUAAUCAUUAUAGCAUUAUCUUCAAACCCAUUUCUAGUUCUAGCCGUACAGUUCUCAGGAAGGUCAGUGAUGACGGCGCCAUUGGUGCCACCCCAAAGGAGUCUUCUUCUUCUGACAGUGGGGAGAUAAGCAGUAGCUCUUCUACUAUUGGGGAUAACUAUGUGGCCUUGUUUGUUCGGAUGCUUGGGCUAGACCAUGAUCCUCUUGACAGAGAACAGGCAGUAGAUGCUCUAUGGAAAUAUUCUCUUGGUGGAAAGAAGUGCAUUGAUGCUAUUAUGCAGUUUCAUGGUUGCUUGAUUUUGGUUGUAAACCUUCUUAGUUCAGAGUCUAGUUAUAGUUGUGAAGCUGCUGCAGGCCUUUUACGAUCUAUAUCUUCAAUUAAUUUGUACGGAGAUUCAGUGGCAGAAAGUGGGGCAAUAGAAGAGAUAGCUAGUUUGCUGAGUCGACCUUCCUUGACUUCUGAGGUGAAGGAGCAAAGUAUAUGCACUUUGUGGAACUUGUCUGUAGAUGAGAAGCUCAGAGUUAAAAUUGCAGACAUGGAGCUUCUAAUGUUUCUUCUGAAGUCCCUAGAUGAUGACAACAUAAAAGUCAAGGAAGCAUCUGGAGGAGUUUUAGCAAAUUUGGCUUUGAGCCAGUGUAAUCACCAGAAAAUGGUUGAAGUUGGUGUUAUUCCAAAAUUGGCAGCUAUCUUGAAUGAUGAUGUAAAAGCAACUGAUAUCAUUGAAAAGGAAGCAAGAAAUGCGUGGUUAGAGUCUAAUGUCAUUCGAAAGGAAGCAAGAAAUGCAUUGCUAGAACUUGCCAAGGAUGAUUAUUAUAAAAUUCUUAUCAUAGAGGAAGGUCUAGUCCUGGUGCCCCUGGUUGGUGCAGAGGCCUACAAGUCCUUUAAACCACAAUUGCAUUCAUGGCCUAGUCUACCAGAUGGUACAGAGAUAAAGCAUACUGCAAAAGGUCCUUCCAAAUAUGGUGCCUCUGAAUUACUUCUAGGGUUAAAUGUUGACAAAAAUGUGAAAAUUGAUGAAGCCAAGAUAAAUGCAAUGGUUAGACAAUCAAAUCAGCAAUUUCUUGCUCGAAUCGGGGCUAUUGAAUUGAUUGAUGAGGGGGAAUCUCAAUCUAAAUCCCCAAACAAUCACCAAGUCACUCUUCUACCAUGGAUGGAUGGUGUGGCUCGAUUAGUUUUGAUUCUUGGGCUUGAAGAUGAAGUGGCAAUAUCAAGAGCUGCAGGGGCAAUUGCUGAUUCAUGUAUCAAUGAACAUAUGCGGAGUUCAUUCAAGGAAGCUGGUGCUAUUAAGCAUUUGAUCCAGCUUUUAGAUCAUAAUAGUUAUGCUGUCAGAUGUGCUGUAGCCCAUGCUUUAGAGAGGUUGUCUGUCAGCCCUGGGGUUUGUCAGGCUAUUGAAGCAGGAGGUGCUGUAUGUGCCUUAGUUAAUGCUCUAAAAGACAGAGACAUCUGUGAAAGCUUGAUGCAAAUGACCUUGGAUACACUUGUACGUGUCUUAGAUUCUACUAAAGAAAUGGAAUCAAAGUUUUAUGAUGGAGCAGUCAAUGGAUCAAAAAAGGUGCUGGAUGAUGCAGGAAGCCUUGAUGCUUCUACAGGAUUAACUGGAAAUGAGAUGGAGAUACCUGCACCAAAAACCAAUUCCAGGAAAGAGUUGCUGGACUCUGCUCUUAUUGCCCGUCUUGUUGAGAUUCUGAAGACAGCAUCGCCUAACCUGCAAAGGAAAGCAGCUUCUAUACUGGAGUUUGUGACAAUUUUGGACCCUAGCAUCGGGUUGAUAGUUUCAAGUGAUAUAGCAUCUGCUCUGGAUGCAAACUAUCAACAAAAGGGUUUGAAAGCAGACAUUGAAGCUGAUGCAGAAGGUCAGGAUCCAGAGAAGUAUGCUCUUGAACUUGAAGAAAUUGGUCUCUCAAUCCACGCAGCAUCCCAGUUGCUAACGAAACUGCUUGAUUCCAACCAGUUUUGUGAGACCAUAAAUGCUGACCAUUUCACUAAGAGGCUCCGAAACAUCAUUAAAUCCAAUAUCCCACUUAACCACAAAGAAUCAGUUGCAGCUUGCCUUGUUAAACUGAACUAUCUAUCUGGUCCUGUCGUGGAAUUUGAGAAUCCAAUCAACAUGGAGGUAACUCUAUAUGAAACAAUCCCGAGACUUAUAGAGCAGAUGAGAUCCUCUUUCUCCCCAGAAGCACAGGAAGCUGCUGUUGUGGAACUGAACAGGAUAGUUUCAGAAGGGGUGGUAGAUUCCACACAAGCUGUUGCAUCUGAGGGGGGAAUAUUUCCACUGGUAAAUCUGAUUGAAAAUGGAAGCGAGAGGGCAGUUGAAGCAGGCUUGGCAAUACUGUAUAACCUCAGUAUGGACAUAGAGAAUCAUCCAGCAAUUAUAGCUGCUGGAGCAGUUCCAGUUUUGAAGAGGAUUGUUCAGUCACAGAGACCACAAUGGACACGAGCACUUCAGUUACUGAGAAAUCUACCAGUAUGAUGAGGCAGAUUAUGAAGUCCAUUCCUUCUCUUAAGACAAUGUAAAAAGGUUGUCUAAAUCAUUUUUGUUCUGUUAGGAAGCCAAAUUUUACAUGUACCAAAAAAAUACUCUAUUAAUUUAUGCAUUCCAUCUUGUCCUUUGGCUGAAGAAUAAAAUUGUUGUCUUUUU